AUGGCGAAACUUAUAGUUAUAUCUCUAACUGAGACAAGUAAUGUUGGUAUUAAGACAGUGAGUAGCGACGGAGGCUUCCUGAAUUUACCGCUGUACGUGGAAGACGAACCUCGCGAUCUCAACCGGAACUCGGAGGAUGGUGAAAGCGAGUUACAAAAGAAGUGGCAGAGUUAUUGCAAAGAAACAGUCUCCAGAAUAUCACCACAAGACCUAUCUGAGGUCAUGCCAAAACUAUCUCAUUCCCUCAACUCAAGUCAGAUCAGUGCAAUUAAAACGGCUUUACGGCGCAGGCUGUCCCUCAUCCAAGGGCCGCCAGGUACUGGAAAGACUGUCACAGCUGCCCACAUGAUAUCGUGUGUCGUCAGACUAGGAUUUGGACCGGUGCUAGCUUGCGCCGCGAGCAAUGUCGCCGUAGACAACUUAAUGCAAAAGAUAAUCUCCGUAUCAGCAGCAAGUUUGCGAAUCGUUCGUAUCGGCCGCGUUCCGGCGAUCGGAGAGGAGUUGUGGGAUAAAACUCUCGAGAGUUACUUAGAAAAGGAUUUGAGAGUGCGAAAGGCCAGAAAUGAGUGUGCAGCCGGCAGAAUGAAGGUUUCAGGGUUGCUUGACGUCGAAAAAGCCGCCGUUCGGCAAGUGUUGAAAAAAGCACAUGUCGUGGUAGGAACUUGCGUUGCAUGUGGCCGCCAUGACCUCGAAGGAUUGAACUUUCGGUAUGUCGUAGUUGACGAGGCUACACAAGCCUCUGAACCCGACGUACUUAUUCCGCUUUCGAUUACAGUCAAAAGUGGCAAACAAGUUCAGCUAGUACUUGUUGGAGAUCAGAACCAGCUCCCGCCAACGAUUCUAAGCCGCAACUCCCAUCAUGCUGAUGGGGCCGGUCUUGAAACUAGCCUUUUCGUCCGGCUUUGGCGGCAAGGCAUUGAGACACAGCUCUUGAAUGUGCAAUACCGCAUGCAUCCGCAAAUAUCGGCGUUCCCUUCUAAGCACUUUUACUUCAAUAGAUUGCGGGAUGGGAUAUCUCCUGAAGACAGAGUUAUUCCAAAUUUCCACUUCGUUGCAAAGCGUUACACCGUUUUGACACAGUCGAGGGCUAUUUUUGUGCAUGUCUCAGACGGCAAGGAAGAGAAGGACCUGCAGACUACGGACAUCAACAACACCACUAACGCCGGACAUUCCUAUUGGAACAGGACCGAGGCUCAUGUUGUAAUGCAAGUUGUGCGCGAGCUUGUUGGCGCCGAAGAGGGAAGCAGCAUUACAUCGUCGCGAGCAUUUUCGUUGUCCGAUAUUGGAUUGAUCUCACCGUAUGCGGGGCAAGUACGAAUUUUAAAAGAGUUAGUCGCCCGCCAGUGGGGUGCAUCCUCCAUCGAAGUAUCGACUGUUGACGGUUUUCAGGGUCGCGAGAAGCGCGUUAUUUUGCUUUCCAGUGUGAGAAGCAAUGAUAAGAGUAGCGUUGGCUUCCUGCGAGAUUGGCGAAGACUAAACGUAGCCAUUACGAGAGCAAAAGCUCUGCUGGUGGUUGUUGGCAAUGAAAGCACGCUAUCUACGAACACACAUUGGAGAUCAUGGAUUAAAUGGGUGAAGCGACACGGAGCAACGAUGUGUGUCCCUAUUUCAGAAUCUGGAAAAACGGCAGACGUAGGACAGUCACCUGAAGCUUGA